GCAGGUGUCGAUUUUUCGGGCUCCGAUAAUGUAUAUCUUUUCUGAGUGAAAACUGAAAUCUCCAGGAAUGUUUGGAUAUCAAUAAUUAUGUAAGUCAAAUGUUGUUCAAAUGAGCUAAAGAAAAUAAUACUUAAAGCUCGUGAUAGUUCCAUAAACUCAAGUGAAUCUCAAAAAGAUCGAAGGCAUGCCGCCAUUGUGAACAAUUACUCACCAGGUUGACAUUAUUUUUUAGUGAAUUUGAAGUGUGUGUACAUCCUGUGUUUAUCUUCAUACAUUUAUUAUACAUAUCUCUAAAGCCAGAUCAACUUAUAAUGGCUAAUUUGUCUGUAAAUGCUGAAAUCAAUCCGAGCAAGAGACAAAGGCAGGACAGUAGUGUUAUUCUCUCGGGUGAUCUCAGCAAACUGAAUGAUUUAUUAGACACCAUUUCAUCAGAUGAGAACUCUUUCAAACAAGCAGUCAAUCUUAUAAUUAACAAAGAAAACUUUAAAAGUGCACUUGCCGAAGUCUUUGUCUCAGAAAUUACGUCACUUCGAAAGGAAGUAAGCGAGCUCACAUCUAGGCUUGACGAAAUGGAGCAAUAUUCGAGACGUAAUUGUUUGAAAAUCACAGGAAUACCUGAAGAAAAGGGUGAAAACACAGACAAACUAGUUCUAAAUGUUGUCAACAGUUUAAUUCUUAAAGACAACACCGAGAAAAUAACAGUGAAAGAUAUCUCAAGGUCUCACAGAGUAGGAAAAUACAGCCCUGGACCAAACAAACCACGGGAUAUCAUCGCUAAAUUCGUCAGUUACCGUGAGAAGGCCAGAGUGUACGGAAAUAAGAGAAAUCUCAAGUCCUAUAACCAUAACCCAUCAAAGCAAACUGGUCCGAUCUACGUAAACGAAGCCCUAACAUCAAGACGAGCGGAGCUGUACGGGAAAACGCGUGAGCUCGUGAAAAAGAAGAAAGUGGACAGUUGUUGGACAUACGACGGCCGAAUUUACGUUAAACUCCGUGGUCAAAAAGGGAAAAAAAUACCCAUAAACACCGUCGACAACCUGGAUUGCUUUUACGAGGAAGAAGACGAUGCCAUUCACAACGAAGGAGAACAGGUCCUGGCGUCGACUCCAAUAUCGUAAGGACAAUGUAAAUACCUUGUUUUGAUUACAAACACGUCCACGUGUUCACAUCUCUGAGACGCUUAGAUCUACAUCACAUCAGCGCUUUGUACUACUUUCGUUUUCACCUACUGAUAUAUUAUAAAUAAACAUUUCGGAUGUCCCAAAUGAUCAUGUAAAGUAUGUUCACGUUCAAGUUUAUGUUUAUAUUUAUCUUUAAACUGCUUUUAUGGUCACAC